GAGCUCCAGCAUGAAGCUUCGCUUCCUGAAUGUGUCAUGAUCUGUUUCACUUGUAUCAAGCCACAGCCAGCUACGCUGCUUGGAGUUAGAAGUGGCUGAAAGUUGAGUGCACUCUACAGCUGGGACUAUUUUUUUAAUAUACGGCCAGGAUGACAUUACAGUUUAAAGAUGCCUUUUGGGGAUCAGACUUCAUCAGCAAUGUUGGUUAUGAGACGAUUCUUCAGAGGCUUAAUGAUGGUCGGCGGACGUGCAAAGAAGUGGAGGAGCUCUUGAAAAUGAGAGCAACAGCAGAGGAGAAAUAUGGAAAAGAGCUUAUCACCAUUGCCCGCAAGGCCGGGGGCAUGUAUGAAAUCUGCACUUUGAGAGCAUCUUUUGAUGAAAUGAAAACACAAAUUGAAAACAUCGGAAAUUUGCACAUUCAGUUGUCUGGGCUCCUAAAGGAGGAGGUGAAGAGAAUGGAGCACUUUAGAGAGCGACAGAAAGAACAGCGAAAAAAGUAUGAAGUCAUCAUGGAGAAGGUCCAGAAGACAAAAGUCUCCCUCUACAAGAAAACAUUAGAGUCCAAAAGAUCCUAUGAGCAGCGCUGCAAAGAGGCAGAUGAGGCAGAGCUAACGGCUGAGAAGCUGGGCACUGCCCCCACAGCCACUCCCAAACAGAUUGAAAAGAUGAACAACAAAUCCAAACAGUGCAGAGAGGCUGCAGAAGAGGCUGAGAAACAGUACACGACAAACACUGAACAGCUUGACAAGAUCCGUCAAGAGUGGGAAUCGACUCACACUGACACAUGCGAGAUAUUUCAGCAGCAAGAAGAAGACCGCAUCAGUGUCGUUAGAAAUGCCUUGUGGGUGCACUGUAACCACUUAUCAAUGCAAUGUGUGAAAGAAGAUGAGUGCUAUGAAAAUGUGAGGAAGUCGCUGGAAAUGUGUGACAUCGUCACAGACAACAACGGCUUUGUUGAGAUGAAAAGCACUGGCUCAACCCCCCCAGCUCCAGUUGAAUAUCAAAAUUACUACGAUAAGAAUCCUACAGCUGAGAGAAACGGUGGUGUUGGAUUUGUUGGAGUCAUGAAGAGGUUUUCAAAUCUUCUGCAGGGGAACUGUUCCAGUGGCUCGAAAGUAAACAUCAACGAAGGAGUUCCCCAGUCUGCAGCAGAAACAUCAGAUGGAGUAUAUGCAUCCAUUCCUGGAUUCCAGGCGUCCCAAAUGGGAAGUGAUGAAUACAAGGCGAUAUACGACUAUGUGGCACAGGGAGAGGAUGAACUCCCUCUGUCUGUUGGAGACAUUGUGAUUGUCUUGGAACAAGGUGAAGAUGGCUGGUGGACAGUGAAAAGAAAUGGUAUUUCUGGACUGGUUCCAGGCUCAUAUCUUGCUAAAGAAUGAGUCUAAGAGCCGUAUGUAGGACUACAUAACUGCUACAUUUCUGUGUACAUGUUGUAAAGACUAUGGAAUAGAAUAACCCCAGAGCUUCAUCUUAUCCGCCAUUACCUUUCUGUUGUAAGUACCACUGAAGCACUUGUAGGAUUUAAAAUUUUGACACGCUGUUAUGGAGAGAAAUCAGUCUCAAAGUUGUCACAGAUGUGCAUGAUUACAAUCUACAAGCACAAACUAGGAUUUAUAAAUGUGUGCUUCAGCUGGUGGAAAAUCUUAAGAACACACAAAUAUGUGCUCUACACCCAAAUACAAAGCCAUUUGAACACAUGUAAAAAUAUUUUAUAUUAGUUUAUUAUUCUUGAAUAAAUGGUGAUCAUGCAUGCACAAAUUUUAAAGCUUGACUUUACAGAUCUGAUCAUUUACACUUUCAAAAAGCUUCCUCUGCUUACAGGUGUCUAUUAAAUGACCGUAAUCUGAUAAGGACGGAUCAUGUCAGGUGUGCAAUUGGGGUAUGAGACACUUCUCAUUUCAUUCAGCAGUGCACAGAUCCAUAAAUGUAUGUUGUUUUUAAAUGCUAGAAAAAAAACUGGGACAUCUGGGUUUUCUGCUUAUUCCUAUCCUAAUUCAAAUAAAUCAGGUGUAUUUUCUAAAUGAACAGAAUAGCUUGUUAGCCCUCGACUAGAACACAAACUAAUUACAGAUGCUAUACAGACUGAUGCAUAGCAUAUGCUAAAGUAGUAAAACCUAUAAGCUAAUAUAGGUGAAUAGUUAAACCUAUAAAGUAGUUCACAAGUGAAGCAAAAUAAAACAGGCAAGUCACAAAGACAUCUGCUUUAAAAGCAAAAAAGGGGGAAAAUAGAAGUCAAAAAUGAUUGUAUUUCUUUGUGCAGAUAUCCUUUGUGCAGAGUCCCUGACCCAAUAUCUGCUACUGGUACUAAGAGAUCAAAGUUAUAGUUGGAACAAAUGUUUGCAAAACAUGCAGGAAGCCAGCGCACUGCGACAUUUUAACACGCAUAAUUUAGAGGGUUGCUGGUAAGGGCCCAGUGUGAACAAUUUCAACAGCACUGCUUUCAACAUCCUGUGAAAGCUGAAGAUGCUGUGACAUAGCCUCAGCUAAAACUAUUCUUGACCACAUACAAAGUCAAGAUAGCAAAUAUCCAGUGGUGUGUUUUGCAGUCUCACCCCAGUGUACUUAAGUGGAACCUGUGAAGGGAGAAGUGACGUCACCCUAUAUUUUAAGUAAACACAAACAAAGAGUACAGUGUUUUUUUACCUGCAGAUAAAAAAAAAAUCCUUUCUAGGACAGUUUGUGUAUGUUUUUAACAGACUUGAGGAAUCAGAACCAAAGGGAAACUAACUGGGAAGACAGUUAGCAGUUGACAGUGGUACAACACAUCAAGCCUCCACAAAACAUUAUUCCCCAGUGUUCUGCAUAAGCCACAGUGAACUCAAACUUUUUAAUUAAUCUUAGACUCAUGCAUGACUGUUAAUUAACUAUUUUAAACCAACUUGCACAUGGGGUCAACAAUGGUGGUCAUAUUUUACUCAGCUUAGCCAAAUACCCACACAUCUUGCUGAUUUCUCUUCAUUUUAAAGCAGGAGUGUGCUGGUCAGUUAAGAGCCUCAAAAGUAAAGUGAAAGACACUAAAGAAAAGAUGAAAGAUUUUAGGGCUAAUAAACUAAAUGCAUAAUCCUAAAAUUGAUUGAAUGUGAGCAAUAGUGCAAUUUAUUUUCAACAAAUUCAGCUGUUCAGGAAUAACAGUCUAUACUUGACUGCUUAUUUUUUAAUUACACUUAUAGAUAUGUCUUAUUAGUGUCAUAUUUAAAGUUCAUGUGUUUUUGUAAGUUUAUUAUGAAUAGUUUAUUCAUAAUAAACUAUGACAUACUAUUAUUAAAGUUCUCACUUCAAAUACUUAUGACUAAUGAAAACAUAAAAUCAAAAUGGCUUGUGAAUAAAAAAUUAAUGCUAGGAGCUAAUUGACAUCUGCAGAUGCCAAAAUGCUGACAGUUCAGGAUCACUCAUUAGGCUUAUAUUAAUGUUAGUUUAGACGAAUGACCAUGACCAUUUAUUAAUCUUCAUAGGCUGCUGAGUAGUAUCUGUAAUAGAUAAUCGUAUGUGUUCUAGUCGAGAGGUGAUGAUUUUAUUUUGUUUAUUUAGAAAAAAAAAGGUUAUUUGAAGUCAUGUAGGAAGCCCAGAUGUCCCACUCGCACUCGAAUGCAGCAUGUGUUUGGGGCUGAAAGAGUGAAGUGUCUUAAAUUCCCAUCUGAUUGUAACAUGUCAUAUCAGUUGACCGCACACUGAAAUCAGCUCUGUAAGUGAUUGAAAAUCAUAAAUAUGUUUAGACGUUUGUAUUCACACGAGGCCUUUUGAAAGCAGACAUUAUCAGAUUUGUGAUUUGUGGGUAAAGUGUUUUCUGUUUGUGUGUGCAUUGGAGCACGAAUUUGUACAUUUCAAAAUUGCACACAAAUCAUCGUACAUUGUAUUUAAAAUGUUAAUUUAUGCUUUUGAGGCCAAAAAGGGAAAGAUUAAAAAUGAGAACAUCAGAAGGACAGUUCAGAGCAGUUUAGAGACAAACUUAGGAGAAGAUGUCAUGGAUGUAGUGAAGGAGGAGACGCAGAGGGUGGUCACAUCAUACACAUUUGUAAAACUUGGGAGACUCAUUUCUCUUUACAGCCCCUAGUGGCAGCAAUAUAAAAGCCUGUGGAAGUAAUGCAUACUAUACAAAAUGUAAAAAAAAAAAAAGGCCUUUGUAUAUUUUCAAUGUGCAGAUAAUUGUAGUCUGAACACAACAAGUGCAUGUAACGUGUUUAUUUAUAUUUAUUAAAUUGAACUGAAAAGACAAACCUUCUAUUGUAGUGUUUUUUUAAACACUGUUAGCUUUAGCAUUCCAGUGAAGACUAUUUCUAAGGUGUUUUAUUAGAACAGUCUAUUCUUAGAUUAUGUGGCUAACAAUUCCCUGCUCUUUGGUUUCUGAUUACGCAGGAGUGGGCGUUGCUGUCAAGUUUUUAAUCAGGUAAAUAAAGCAGAGACAUUAACCAGAAAUCAUAUGAGUCUAAAAUCUUAAAUUAUUUGACACCGGUGUCUUCUGACCUUUGACUCUUUGAUAGCAACAAGAACAAACAGAAACCGGAAAACAUUUGAUUUAAUUUUAAAUAUGCUGCAAUUACAUUCUGGAGUCUUGCCGCUGCUACAUUUUAGCAAGUCAUGUUCUAAAACUACCAUUGGUAGACUGCAAACAGAAAGGGACAAAGUAAAUGCAUUACACUUCAAAUACCCCAAAUACUAAAAGAACUGAUUCAAAAGAUAAAGCUCAAAUAAGCAAAAGCCAGUGAAUGUACGCAGUUUACACACAAAAACAUGCAGUGGCCUUUACUUCUACUGCAGUUUAAGUAUUUCUUGACAGAAUACUGUUGAUGAAAAAGUUUAAAACGUACGUGAGCUGCAGGAGUAGUUCUCAUAGUAGAAUAGUAGUAGCAGUAUUAAUAGCAGUUGAAGUACAAGGUAAAUUAUAUGCUUUCUUUCAAGUACAUGACAGAUUUAAAAAAAUAAAAUAAAAUACAA